AUGACAAAUAUGAUUCUUAAAAAUCAGAUAGAUAAAAAUCUUAAUCAAUGCUCACGUGUUGUUAUGUCUAUUGGAACAAUUGACAUUAUGAAAAUGGAGUCAGAUUUAGCUAUAACAGAUCUGAAAGUUUUGAUAGACAAAUUCAAAAUAACAAACCCUGACACAAAAUUAGCUAUUUGUACAAUACCACCACAAUAUGACCCAUAUCUAAGUCCAAAACUACAACAAAAGAUUAAUCAAGAUAUUGAUGAUGUUAACUCUAAACUACACAAUCUUACAAAUGAUAUUGAUACUGUUGAUUGUAACUUUACAAAAAGCAUGUUAAUGGCAGAUGCUGGACCUAUGCCUACUCAGCUAUCAAAUUUCGCUUCAACAUUAGUACUGAACCUUGUACGUCCAACUGUUGAGCAAAUAAUCGACGCUAUCAAUAGCCUACGUGACGAUAUUGCAUGCAGUCCAGACGAAAUCCCAGCGACUGUAUUAAAAAAAACUUUGGCUUUAGGUCCAAGACCUCAACCAUUGAUGCACUUCUUUACCUAUUAA